UCGAGUCCGGAGGAUCGAGCCCUGUGUGUGUGUGUGUCUACAACGUGUUUGUAUCGGCCCUGAAAUGAUCGAGUAGUCCGCUCAUCAGAGACGGACACCGGGGGAAGGACUCACACUGUCCCGGGAAAACUGUUACAGCUCCGAGCGGCGGGUUAUUAUCUCCGAUCACCGGCGAUAAUGACCGGUAAUGACGGCUCGCGGUGCGGCUCGUGUGUCCCUGACAGCCGGGGGAUGGUGCCGAGGAGCGCGCGGUACUGUGGAGGAAUCCUGAGCACACACCACGGAUAAUACGUGACGAGACAGGGACAUUAGUGGGGAGGUGCGCCAUGUUCCCGAUGCACCUGCACCUCCAGGAAAUGAACGGGGAUCCUGAGCAUUGACGGUCACAGUAUUUAUCAAGCUGCUUUACCUUCCCUGCUACAACAACCACAUGUGCGACCAUUCUCCACCAGCCUGAUCACUGCUGCCUCAACCUCGUCUUUAAGCCAAUGAAUCAAAUGCCAUUGUAAGGACCAGUGUCACGAGGAGCUCGACACCGCAUCAGAUGCUUUUAUUUUGACACGGGUGUCUUUCCUUUACACUGAGGACCAAAGUGUUUUCAUCCAUCCUUUAGAGGGGUGCUGGAGCCGAUCCCAGCUCACAUUGGGUGAGAGGUGGGAUACAUUUUGGACGAGUUCACGCCCAAUAACCUAACUCCAAUCUGCAUUUCUUCAUACUGUGGGAGGAAGAGAAGAACUCCACAAAAAAAGACUCCAGCCUUACUGUGGUUCAAACUGGGAUGCGACUAACCACCGUGGUGCCCUGGUGUCUUCAUGUGACAGCUAAAACGAUAUUCCUCGCCACCUAAAUCCUCAUUGACCUGUGGAAUGCUCGAUCUCAAGAUGAAGGAGACGUGUCGCAUUUGUGGCCGGGAGCUCUGCGGCAACCAGAGGCGAUGGAUCUUCCACCCCGCCCCCAAGCUCAACCUCCAGGUGCUGCUGUCCCAUGCCCUGGGGCAAGAGCUGACCCGGGACGGCAGAGGGGAGUUUGCCUGUUCGAAGUGCAUCUUCAUGCUGGACCGCAUGUACCGCUUCGAUACGGUCAUCGCCCGUGUGGAGGCCCUGUCCAUCGAAAGGUUGCAGCGGCUCCUGCAGGAGAAACACCGGCUGAGGCAUUGCAUUGGUGGACUCUACCGGAAAACUAACUCAGAAGGGGGAGCAGUUACAGUUGCUGGAAGUAAUGAAGUGCCAGGUGAUGGCAUGGUGGACAUUUCGGGUCUCACUCAUGCAAAGUACUGUGCCCUGCUCCAGGAUGACCUGGUCUACUCUCUGUACGAGUCCUGGGCUGACGACAACCCAGACUGUCAACAACACCACCACCCACAGUGUCCUGCAGGACCCGGGUCAGAGAUUACAGUCGCAGGCUCACAGCGCUGUUUGCCCGGCACUCCCAGGAGGUGUCGAGGAUGUUCCCACUGGCGGGUGGCAGACUCUGACUAUGAAGCUGUUUGUAAGGUGCCCAGGAAGCUGGCAAGGAGCAUUUCAUGCGGGCCAUCCACCAGAUAUUCAGCCAGUUUUAUCGGAGGAGGUGGUGGAGAAAAAGACCUAGAAAGUGUUGACGAUUCAGAAGAACACCCUUCCUCUCUCACUCUGGUCCCCGGUUCUCAGGACCCCUCGAGGACAUCAGACAGUGAUCGAACCCUGGCCGGACGUAUCAGCUCCAGCCCCUCUGUAGCAUCCCUGGAGACGGCUGAGGACUACCUCCAGCCUGGGGCCAUAACAGAUGGUCCUCUGAGGUCCCCCAAGGACCCCAUAGAUGACCAGUUAUUUGAUUCCCUCUCUGAGGAGCACAUGGGAGCCCCACAUGGUCAAGUAUCACCUGGGCCCAGCCUCUCUAUGGCCCUCUGUUUUCUGCAGAGCUGUGCCAUCUACCGGCCAGUCCGGAGCUCUAAGGGAAGCAAGCUGCCAGUGCUCCUCCGGAAGAGCUCCAGUAACGGAGCCAUGAGGCUGGGAUUCUCUGAUUCUGUCCUCGGAAUGUCGUAUGGAACUCCAGACAGAGAAAGUUACAUCCUGAUGUCAACACCUGAGCUGGAGACCCCUCUGAUCAGUCUGAAUCAGAACUUCAACCUGACUGACAUGGAGGAUAUAUUAGAAGAUCUGUACAAAGAGUAUCCUCGCCCACCUCCACACCAGAGUCUUGUUGAGGAGCAGCAAAGCCAGCUGAACCAGUAUGAGUGUGCGGCCGGUCAGUGUGUCAACGAGCUGCAGAAGGCCCAGCUCCACGUUCAGUCCCUGCAGGCCAAGAUCCACGAGAGCGAGGCCAACAAUAUGAGGCUGCAGGAGAAUCUGAAAGAGAUGGAGUUUGAGCUGCGUUCACUUCGCCAGGCGGCUCAGAGUCAAGAAAGAACCAUCCAGGACCUGUCCGAGUCAAUGAGCACAAAAGACAGUGAGGCUCAGGAGCUGUAUCACAUGAUUGAAGGGCAGAACGCCACCCUGUGCAAGCUGCAAGAAAUUGUCCACCGCAACCAGCUCACUCAACGCAAGGUUCAAGAAGGGGCCAGCGAGUCCUUGACGCUCGCCCAUCUGCAGAAUGAGCUGGUGGGGGUGCAGAGCUCCCUGUUCUCCCUCGGUCUGGAACUGGAGGCCAGCCAGAGGAGUCUGAGACAGAACCAGCGGCAAGGGGACGACUUAGAGAGGUUCAAGGACAGACUGAACUCUGAUUUGCAGGAGGCGCUGCAGCACCGGGAGGUCACCGAAAAACACAACCAGGACCUGCGCUGUGCCCUCCAGAAAACCCGCUGUGAGCUUCAGGCUAAAGAAGCAGCUCUGAAGGCGAGCGAAGCUGAGAAGCUCACUGUGGUGCUGGAAAAAGAAAGAGGCCUCGAACAGCUCAAACACUGCCUGAAGGACAAGGAGCAACAGUUGGAGGACUACUCAGACAUGUUGGAUUCAACAGCAAGCUCCAAAUCAAGAGAUGCUCUGCUGGAUAAACUAAAAGAGCGUAUUAAAGACAGAGACAGAGCUCUGGAGCGCUCCAUUGAUGACAAGUUCCGCAGUGUGGAGGAGCGCGAGGCCCAGGUGAGGGGGCUGCAGCUGGUUCUCAGGGAGAAGGAGCGAGACUCGGAGAGACUGAGCUGCAUCCUGUCCAACAACGAAGAGACCAUCACGAGUCUGGACGGUUUGGUGCGAGGCAAAGAGCUGGAGCUGGAGCAGGCGGCCGAGGCCUACAGGAACCUCCAGUGGCUGAAGCAGCAGAGUGAGGAGAAGGAGAGAAACACUCUGAGAGAAAAGGAGACCAUCAUCAACCAGCUGCAGGCGGCCCUGCAGAGCCGCAGCCAGGAGGCUCAGGAUCUGACAGCCGCCCUCGUUGCCCGAGUGCAGGCCGGUCCCACGGAGGUUGUGGAGGAGCUGAAGGCUCGGCUGGUGCUCAAAGAGAAACUGUUCCAGGAGCUGCUGUCAGACCGCACCCGCCAGUCGAAUGAACACCAAGCACGGGUCCAGGAUCUGUUCAACACUCUGAGCUCCAAAGACCAGUAUCUGCAGGAUUACUCCUACAGACUGUCCUUAGUGAUCAAUGAGCGGAGCGGCCAGCUGCAGGAGCUACGCAGACAGAUGUUGCUACGAGAGCAGGAGCUGCACGAGCUGAGACGGGACAAGGAGAGGGAGAUGGGAGGAGAGAAGGAGCACCUGCAGAGUCUGCUCAAAGAGAAGGAAGCUUUUAUCAAGGAGCUGAUGCAGGGUCAGGAAGAGGCAAUGCAGCUGUCUUCUAAAGAGAGUGAGGCAGAGAUGAAGACCCUCCAGGAGGAGCUGCAGCUGGUCCUGAGGAAGGAGAGAGAGGCUCAGGAGGAGCUCUCUGCUCUGCGUUUGUCUUUAGCUCAGCAGCAAGUCGAAGGAGUGGCCACAAAAGACGGCUCUGAUCCCCAAUGUGUGCUUGAGCAGCUUGUCUCAGAGUACAACAAGCUGAAUGAUGCCCUGAGGGCAGAGAAGAGAUUAUACCAAAAUCUCAUGCACAUGCACACCAAGAGUGACAGCAGCUCAGAGGCGAGGCAGGCCCUCCACACUGAGCUCGACUCGGUUCAGGCGCUGCGUGGACAGCUGGAGGAAGUGCUGGCCAGGACCCGUAGCAUGGCGUUGGUGCUGGAAAGGGCGGCCAAACGGCAGCCCGACUUUGGAGAGCUCAGCACAGAGGAGGAGGAGGAAGGAGACGAUGCAGAUGGCAGCAGUGACGAGUUCUCGGACAGCAUAGAGGAGGAUGAGGAUAAAGUGACGGCGAAAAGUUUGUCCUCCGUUCAGGCUUCUGUGGCGGCUCCUGAAGCCGAGGCUGUGACUGCAGGGCUGGUGAGGGCUUCACUGUCCCGGAGAGCUGAACUAAAGCAGCUCGAGGAAGAAAAGAAGACACUUGAAGUCCAGCUCGAGGAAAUAAAGUCCCAGCUGGAGAGGAAUGGAUACACAUCUGUGGCCCAGAUGAGGAGUGCAGUGCAGAGGCUGCAGGAGGAGAACCAGGCUUUGAAAGAAGGACACCUAGGAGCCGUGGGACUGAGGACAAACACAGAGGAGAGUCACAGGAGCCAGAACUGGGAAGAAGAGGAAGAGGAGGACGAAGAGGAGGACAUUGAGGAGGACAUUGAGGAGGAGGAGGAGGAUGAAGAUGAAGAGGAGGGGAAAUCUUCGGUGCUGGUUGGGAAGCGAGGUCCUCCGUGUGUUAAUGUGAGUGAGGAGCAGGGGAAGAGGCGCUGCACCAGGCCAUGCUCCCUGGACCUCGGCACGCUGACAUCCCAUCAUUACACACACCAGGAGGUGGAGCCUGAUGGUGACAGGAGCGAGGUGGGAGCGCCCUGGCAGGAUGUAGACGAGGGUCCCGGUGAGCAGACGGCCCGCCUGCGCUCGGACCUGGCUCUGAGCCACCAGGAAAACCGAGAGCUGCAGGAGAGACUGAUGGUGUCUGAGGCCACGGUCCACGCUCAGGCGGAGCAGCUGAAGGACUACAGAGGUCUGCUCACCGAGACGUCGGUGCAGCAAGCCAAUAAGCAGGUGCAGGUGGAUCUUCAGGAUCUGGGUUAUGAGACGUGUGGUCGCAGUGAGAACGAAGCUGAAAGAGAAGACACCAGCAGCCCUGAGUUUGACGAUCUGGAGAUGUGCACGUCACUGUCCCAUCAUCAGGACUAUGAUGGUGCAGGCAGCAGCUGGUUCGCUGGUAACUGCAGUAGUAACAGAGGAACUUAUGAAAUGGGGGAUGAGGCCUCUGUCCAACAUCUGGUCCUGGAUCUGCGCUCACAGCUGACCCGCUGCCACAAAGUGAUCCGUGGGCUGCAGCUGCGUGUCCGCUCCCUGUCUGCCACCAGCGACUACGCUUCCAGUCUAGAACGCACACCCCGAAAGGUGAACUGGGCCUUUGAGAAGUCACCAGCCCCCAGCGGUGUGGAGGAGGAUGAGGGCUGGAUGUCUGACACCCAAGGGAUUCGCUCAGGGCCCAAACCCAGCAGGGAGCUACAGGAGCUGAUGGAACGAGUCACGUCACUGGAAGCACAACUGAAGAGCUCCAGACUGGAGGGGAAAGACCAAGCAGAAGAGAAAUGUGCCACCUGGCCUGGGAAGUACAACUCUCUGAUCCAGGCUCAGGCUCGUGAGCUGUCCCACCUGAGGCAGAGGACGAGAGAGGGGCAGGGGGUCUGCCAUAUCCUCACCCAGCACCUGGGGGACACCACUAAGGCCUUCGAGGAGCUGCUGCGAGCGAACGAUAUUGAUUACUACAUGGGUCAGAGCUUCAGAGAGCAGCUGGCACAGAGCUCUGCCCUGGCACAAAGAGUGGUCACCAAGAUCAGCGGACGCGACCGAGCAGAUAGCCAUGAUGACAAAGCGGGCCACGAGCUGCUCGCCCUGAGGCUGAGUAAAGAGCUGCGGCAGAAAGAUAAAAUCAUUGAGUCGCUUCACACCAAGCUGCAGGAGCGUCCUGAGACCCCGUCCAGCUGCCAUGCCCUCUCCGAGACCACCGACCAAUCAGACAGGACCUCCUUGGUGUCCGACGACUGCAGGACCAACGAGGACCUGGACCUGUGCUCGGAUUUAGACAGCAGAGAGUAUCAGGAGGAGCACCGGCUGCAGCAGCCAGGACACGGAUCAGAACCAGACGUCCGUCCAUCUUUCCCUCCUCCUCAUGGCCUCCUCAAGUCCUCCAGCAGCUGUCCCAACAUGCAUUGCUAUGCCCCUGUGGCUUGGACCAGUCAGACCCCCAGAGCCCUUUACGGUGAACCUGUUUCCCCCCUCUUCCCUGUCCCCCCUGGCCCUGACGUCUGGGGUAAGGAAAUCCCUUCUGACCCCUGGCCCAGGGCCCUGUCUGUGAUCGCUGUUCGCCCAGAGCUGGACGCACUGUACAAACGGAUGAAUGAGCAAAACAGGGGCUUUGCACUUCCCCAUGACAAGACCCUGUUCACACCCUUCAACAAUCACAACCAGCACGACCACUCCAGCUACAGCCUGCUUUCCCAUCAUGCCUUUCAACAGCACCAGCUGGGUGGCAUCCCUGAAGGCCACUCUCUUAAAUCUGACUCAUGUCCAGUGUCAGGCGGGAAUUUGUGGGACAUGGAGAACCUGGUUCAGCAAGGUGGAAGCUUUCCUGGAUCAUCUGGGCACCAGCCAGGAAGCAGCCACACAGGGGUGAAUUUGAUAGAGGAGCACCUGCGGGAGGUGAGGUGUCUCCGUCAGCGUCUGGAAGAGUCCAUCAGGACAAACGAGAGGCUCCGCCAGCAGCUGGAAGAGAGACUGGCCAGCAGCGGGCGUGACGGAGGGGCACCAACAAACAUCUACAUUCAGGGACUGGAUACAGUUCCUCAACUGUCCAACGAGAUCAGAGUCCUGAAGCAAGACAACCUGGUUCUCCAGUCUCGCCUGCAGGCCAGCACAGACACGUGUGAGGAGGUUGUGCAGUUGCGGGAGGCCGUGUUUACGGCACGGGCCCGUCUGAAGCAGGCGGAGCUGGAGGCCGAGCAGUGGAAGGAGGAGCUGAGACGCCUUCAGACUCACAGUCAGGAGCAGGGACAGCAGAUACACACGAUGAGACAGGAGCGACAGGACAGUCAGGAGAGAACCAACAGGCUCCAGCAUGAGGUUUGUCUCCUGCAGCAGCAGCUAUGUGAGAGCAGGGAGCUCAUCCACUCACUGCAGAGUGAACUGCAAGUUUACGAUCGAGUGUGUUCCAGCACAAAGGCCAGCAAAGGCUACCUGCGUGAGCUCCCAGGUCUACCAGUGGAGCUGGGGGAGCUGCUGGGGGAGGUGAGGAGUCUGCGGGCCCAGCUGCAAACCAGCGUCCAGGAGAACAGCGCCCUCAAACAACUGGAGCUCCACAAGCAGCUGGAGCAGAAGCUGGGUGCCGGCUCCCCUCGGAUGCCCUCCCUCUCUGCCCUCACCGCCAGCCCUCAGAGAGAAAACUUCUACAGACGUCAGCUGAUGCACGACCCAGCUCCGUCUCCACCGGUCAGGGACAUUGGUCUGUUUAACUGUGGAUCGCCCGGUCCUCCCUACUCAGACCUGGACGACAGCCAUAGCACUGCUAAUGCAGAUACUCUGGACCCUCACUCUGAGCUCGAGGGGGAGGCCCCCGACGGAUCGUUCGCAAACCGAAACGGCCGCCACGCCAUCGGUCACGUGGACGACUUCAGUGCUCUGCAGCAGCAAGUCCUCGAGGGUCGGAGCCUCGUCCAGCGCAUGGAGACGACCCUGCAGGCCUGCCUGGGCCCGCCGCUGCUGGAGAGCCACGAGAAACAGAGCGGGGAUCUGGUUCUGGACUAUGGAUACGUGAAGAGUCUGCUGUCCAACACCAGGACGCUGAGGCAGAUCCUGGAGGAGUCGUUGUCUCUGCUGAAGAUGUUCUGGAGAGCAGCUCUGCCCAGCGCUGAUCCCUCCGUCCACAACCUAAAGAAGGAGCAGUGUAUGCACGAAGAGAUCUUGUCCUUGAGACUGCGGAUGUCGGAGCAGGAGGAAGUUCUAAAGGGGACGGUUCAGAGACUGAGGAGCACCAGCCGCACCAAGGAAAACAUGGAGCACUUCAUAGUCAAUCAGUUGUCGAGGACUCGAGAUGUGCUGAAGAAAGCAAGGACAAAUUUAGAGAAGAAUGAGCUGAGACUUUCCUCUCUAAGCUCCUCCUCUUCCUCUCCUUAUGCUGCUGAGGACCCAGGAGGUGCUGCCAGAGUAUGGCCUGCUGAUCGCGGUGUCCUGAAGACCAGCAGUGCCAUUCUGCGUCCGGCCACGAGAAAGCGCAGCAGCGAGUGCCUGCUUUAGACUUUUGAUAAGAACCAGCCUCAACCCUACCAGCUCUCUGACCUCUGUGCUCCAACAGCCAAGACCCCUCAAGCUCCUCCCUGUUUCCUCCCCAGCCUUUGCCAUAAGAGUGCUUCCGUCCAUCCCUCCCUCGCUCCUCUGGGCAACACGUGCACACCGUUAUCUGCACCCCGAGCCUUACCUCCUCCCCCCCCCCCUCCCCCAACUACCACCAUGUAUGAUUGUCUAUGAGUGAUGCUGGCAGCAGUUUACCUCGUGUGUGUGUGUGACAGAAGAAGGUGUGUGAAAUGUGCCUCUGAUGGAUUCAGUGACCUAUGUCCUACUGAUGGAGCUGGUUGAAGAUGCUCUUAAGACGCAGAUCUCAGUCACGAUAUAUCUUUGUUGUGACCAGAAUGUUUAUGUUAGUCAUUGGAAUCUGGUUUAGUGCCAAAAAUACACAACAUACAACGAGUUUGCGUUGGAGAAUUUAGAGACAUUUUGAGAACUGAAAGUUUAAGAGCAUCCUCUCCUGACAGCCAGACAGCCUGUGGACAGACAAGUUGUUCAUGCAUGUUUGAAAUGGCCUGUGGGGGAAUUCUGCACAUAUGUACACACAUAUCUAUAUAUGUGUGUGCGUGUGAUCGAACACAGCUCACUCAAAGACAAGACUCCCUAAACAACCACUGCCACAGAAAUGUUUACCCCCCCCCUCCCCCCCGGUGGCACUCCUACUAAGAAGGACAUCUUCUCCUUUUUUUGUGCAAAUGCAAUGCAAAGAACAAUGACGCCCACAAUGUAUCACUAGUCGACACAGUGGAGGAAUGUAGAGGAGAUGGGCGAUCACUGCUACGUAGAUCAAGUGUAGGAAGCUCAUGAAUGAUAUGUCAGCCAAGGGUUGUGAAUAGUAGAAGAAAAAGCCAGAGGACGGUUCCAUUUCAGUCACAAGACUCGGCCUUUCGGCACCAAAGUGCGGCUGUAAGAGAAAACAGCUGAGUUGAAUUAAUUAAAUUCUUGAGGCCACUUUCUGUUCGGUUGGAUGUGAUUUCUACAGAGAGGUCGAAGUGCUCAAAUGGAACCAGGCUAAACGCGUAUUCAAGCUCCUCUGUAGGAGUUCUCAUACGAGCAUGUGCAAUAAUAACGUUUUUUCUUGAAUGAUCAUGCUGCACCAGGUUAUUAUUAUUAAUAUUUCUUUGCCUGACACUGGAUUAUUAGUCACACUCAUUAUAUUACGACACUAUCAGUGUAAUGACUGUACUUUUUUUUCUGGAGUGUUGAUGCAUGAAAGAGAUUGAUAAAUGGAAGAAAACAAAUCUGAACUAUGGAACAGUGGAUUGGCCAUCCUUGCCGAAGUUUGAAAUUGGAACUCUUAUUUCACUUUGACUUGCCGUAUCCAUGCGAAUGACGAACUGUCUAAACAAACUUUUUUUGAAGCGGAUCUAGAGCAACAGAGACGGUAACCGUUAACACGCGUGGUUUGAUUAAUUUUUCGAAUUGUGCGACAAUUUGGACCAAAACUUAACAGUGGAUUUUUUCUGCUUUAGUCUUUAUGGUCUUUCUUUUUAGUUCAGGCCGUCUUAACAUUCCCAUGGUAAUGGCAAUACGGGUUAUCGAGUUCUUAUAGAUGACAAACUUUGGCAGGGUACUGGUGUGAUCGUUGUUCUGUAAUUCACUCACUCCUAUCACUUCAAUUUAACAUUUAGUUUGAUGUGUUGUCUUGCUGUACAUUUGCCAUUUUAUGCUGUAAAUAACCAGCUUUUUCUGUAUGUACUUCUUUUUGUUUGUGUGUGCGUGUGUGCACGUGUGUGUGCCUGAGUGUGUGAAAAAACAUCCAACAUUUGCUUUUUGCAAAGUUGAUCAUCUGGGUAGCUGUGCAAUAGCUUUAUGUAUUUUAUUUUGAUGUUAAACAUCAUUGUAUAACACGUUUGCUACAUUCACCCCCUGCGGUGUAUGAGUCAUAUGCAGUGUGAGUUAGAGGAUUGUGUCACUUUGACUUGAUUAGUCACAUAGAUAGGAAAUCCUCAGCAAAGCCUUCAUGACAUGUCUCAGUAUUGUUAACAGAUAACAAAGCUCUGGUUAACGUUGCUUUGCUCGCCUUUAAAUUUAGCCCCAGAGCUUCUACAGCCUGCUCUCAGUGGUAGAAAUGGCCUUGAACUAGUGCUUGUCUAUCUGGAAUCUGCCAAUUUAGGUUUUAUUUGCGCUCAAGUCCUCUGAAAAAGAGAAAAGUUGCCAAGUAUUUCAAUAGCUUCAUAUUUCCUAACGAAAUGAAUGAAGUUAAAGGGAAAAUGUUUUAAAGAUUUGUCUACUGUAAAAGAAAAAGAAAAGAAAAGCCAAUGACUGGAUCGAUUGUGAAACGCUGGAUCCACAAAGCACCUUUUUAGAGCGUAAACAAAGCCUUAUUGCUAUUUAAUAAGAAGGGAAUCAAACGGCAGUUUGAAACGAUGUACUGCUGGUCCUGAGUUGCGUAUGUAUAUACAGCUUUUUGAUUGGUGCAGCUUUUAUGUGAGUGGAAAGCAGAUUUUCCUGAUUUUGUGUAAAAUGAACUAGAAAGCCGAUGCAGGACUUAUAUGGAUCCUGUCUCUGAUGACAGUUAACAGCGUGUUGUGUUGGCACAAGUAUUAGCAAUGAAAGAUUUUGGGAAAGAAUAAAUAAAACACUUAAAAUCC